AUGGAUGUCCUCAACCAGGUGAAGGCGACGCCCGUCCACAUUCUGUUUGCCGGGUUCGUCACAUUGCUAAUAGCAGCAUUCUACACCCUUUAUGCGGCACUGCACCUGUUCGCCCCCAAGCCUCGAGCGCCUUUGCAGUCGGAAACGGUGUACAUCACCACGAAUCCCGAUGGAACCACCUCGAAGAAGCAGCUUCCUUGCUGGCAUGACCGUUGGCUUGCCGAGCGCCAUGCAAGCGAGAACAAAAUCGACGAAACAACUUCCGUCCCAGACACGGGCUCAAUCGAGCCUGCCGAAGUCCGCAUGAGUGUUGUCAUUCCGGCUUACAAUGAGGAAACGCGCAUUCUACCUGCGCUCGAGGAAGCAGUCAAGUACCUCGACGUCACCUUUGGUAGACAAUCUCGAUCCGACACCGGCAAGAACAUCACUAGGCCAGGCACGCCUCGCAGACACAAUAGGAAAGUGCUACCAGUGCAGGAGCCGGAGCCCCUCACCGGAUAUGAAAUCAUCAUCGUCAAUGACGGCAGCAAGGACCGAACGAUGGACGUGGUGUUGGACUUCUCGAGAAAGCACGGCCUACACGACAUCCUCCGGGUCGUCACGUUGGAGAAGAAUCGAGGCAAGGGUGGAGGUGUGACCCACGGUCUUCGCCACGUCCGAGGCGAAUACGCCGUCUUCGCCGACGCCGACGGUGCUUCCAAAUUCAGCGACCUGGGCAAGUUGAUGGAGGGAUGCGAGGAGGUAGAGGAUGGCUGCGACCGUGGCGUCGCAAUCGGAAGUCGCGGCCACCUCGUCGGGAGCGAAGCUGUGGUUAAGCGCUCGGCUCUCCGCAACUUCCUCAUGCGCUCCUUCCAUCUGGUCUUGAUGAUUCUGACCCCCCCUGCCACUUCCCGACUUCGCGACACCCAGUGUGGCUUUAAGCUGUUCUCCAGAGCAGCUCUGCCCCACAUCGUACCUUACAUGCACGCGGAAGGCUGGAUCUUCGAUAUCGAGAUGUUAAUGCUGGCCGAGUCCGCCCCUGCGGUUCCCGUGCUUGGAAGCGAUGGCACUGUUAUUGGCAGUAGUCCCGGCAUUAAGGUUGCGGAAGUACCGAUUGACUGGCACGAGGUAGAUGGAAGCAAGCUGAAUGUGAUCCAGGACAGCAUCAGAAUGGCUGUCGGGCUUGCGGUGCUUCGUGCGAGCUGGAUGAUUGGUGUAUAUAGACGACGACUGGCAUGA